CAAACCCUAAUGUGAAUGAUGGGCUUUGGAAGUGCAAGAACAAUCAGCCACAACUGGUUGGUGUGUCAAAGGUCCUUCAGCGGGCCUCCUGCCCCUUGCAGGCCUGCGAUAGCGCCAAGUUCACAACCGCUUCACUCUGGCAACCUCCAGCUCAUGCCAACCAUACAACGGCAGUCGCUAUAUGUAUAUAAGCAACAUCCUGGCCAAACGAUUGCGUGGCUGGACUGCUGCCCUCACUCACGUGGCCCCUGGUGGUGAGAGCAAACAAUUAUAUUUCAAUACAGGCCGCCUUCCAGGGCGGUAUUAAAUGCAACUGAUAAAGAAGAGACCAACGAGUAGUAUGCGCUGCUUACAUGCUUCCUCUAGCUGGUGUUGCUUGGUGGCCUGAUCGCCACGCUCGGCGAGGUCUGCCGAUGAGCUUUGACGUUCAUGGUCAAGGUCACAAGGUCACGCCAAGUUCAAAUAGGCCACAUUCACAGUCGCGAUUUGCAGUAUAAUCAUCUUGACUGAGGGUAGUAGCCUUACAAGUUGCAGCUGUCAAAUGAGUCAAACUUCUGCACUUCGCUUGAACCUUUCGUGCUCGUGGCUGUUUGCCUUGUGCAACUGCAUCCAUACAGUAUGCAAAUGUAAGGAGUGGCUCCGACGGCGGGGCUGGAGGGAACUCGAAAGACUGGACCAAAAGCAUGUCGCUGGAGCGUCCAACUUCACUUUGCCACGCUCCCCUGAGUCGACACAAGGCUCACGCCUUCUCCUAGCGGCGGCGGCGGUGGUGGUGGUUGCGGUGGUGGUGGUGGUGGUGGUGGUGGUGGUGGUGGUGGUGGUGGUGGUGGUGGUGGUGGUGGUGGUGGUGGUGGUGGUGGUGGUGGUGGUGGUGGUGGUGGUGGCGAUGGUGGUGGUGUUGGUGGUGGGAGCUCAUGGACCGCUAAAACGUAGGUUUGGGUUUUCUUAUCACACCAACUGCAUUGCGCUGACGCUAUACCAAUGCCACGGGUACAGGUGCUGGAGCACACGGCGCAGCAGCUGGCUGGUGGAAGGCCCAAGGAGGAGGUCAUUGUUGGCUGGGGCAACGCCAACACUGGCUAUGGCGGUUGCAUCAGCAGGUUGGGGCGGGGCCCAAACCGGGCACUGCUCCGCCUGCUGGUGGACAAGUACGCGCAUCUGGUGGUGUACGUGGACGAGUUCUACACAUCACAGGUGUGUGCGAAGUGCGGGCGGCGCUUACUCGGCGACGGGCAGCGCUGCCUGCAGGCGGUCGUACCAUGGGGGGGCUCACGCGCUCACCAAGUCCAAGUGUGCAACCUCUGCGGGACGGUGUGGGGACGUGACGUCAACUCCGGAACCAACAUCCGGCACGCGCUGGUGGAGAUGCUGCUGGGGCACAAGCGACCUGCAUCGCUGCAGACUGGCGGCAGCAGCGGUGGCGACGGCGGCGGCAGCAGCGGGGGCGCGUGCGCGCAUCUUGGUAGCGGAGGGGGCGGGAAAGGCCACGUGGAGGAGGAGAGCGCAGCGCCGCCCAAGAAGCGGCGCAAGCGCGCAGGCUGAGGAGCCGACUGGUGUCUAGGUAGCGGUCCGCGGUGGGGCUGGCAGGCAUGCGUAGCGGCAUGACAAGUAGUGCGGCUGUUGACAACUGUGCUGCGUCUGGCUGCGGCUGGCUCUACUGUGGCAUCGCAACGGCUAGAUAGGCACCUGGUUUGGCUAUGUGCCUGUGGAAACCGACCCCGGCUAUGUCCGGGCGAUGAGGUUGUUCGGCCUCAGACUGUGGAGGGGCUCAGCCCCUUGUCCCGUGACCGGGGAACACUUGUCUUAUCCACCAUGCUACCAGAAUGCACAAGAAAUGAAAUCGCCAACCCCACACCAUGAUCCCAGCACCGUGGGCCGGCCAAUCGAAGGUUUUGACUGCUGCACAUGUUGGACAUGCCUUACCUCUAUCCGACCUUAAGUAAGGUCCUCCGCCUCCUGUGGCAAUCCUGCAGACCUGCACAGAGUGCAUUCCGGUUGACAUCUUGAAUGUGGGCGCAUGCGGGCGCCUGGCCGCCAGCCUUGAUUCUCAAGGCAGUGUCGGUAGCGUUACGUGAGCGUACAUGUAGUCUGAUUGUGUGAUGCCGCUGUGUGGUGGGGUGUUGGCGAAUGCCCGGCUGGGAGGCUGCAGAAGUGCAAUGACGGGGAGCCACAUGGUGUUUGUGCAAGCGGGCAUGGCAUGUCGCCCUGCACGCACCGGCUCAAAUCAAAUCUGCGCUGUAAAUGUAGCUCAUG